CAUGUGACGAUGUACCACUACAGUCGUGUGUGUCAUGGGAUUGGUUAUAUAUAGGUGAAGCAUAUACUUUGUAUAUUGAAUAUUAUAAAGUUUUAACAUGGGAUAUAUAUACAGAUAACCUAUUUAUCACGGAAUGCAAUCACUCGGUCUAUCAAUGGCGAUGAGCUUGGAGGAUCCAAUAGAGCGGCGGGAGAAGGAGGACCAGGCUACGCCACGAUUCAGUACUAAGUUGGGGCUUAUAUGUUCCUGUCUUGGGUGUGUGGUUGGUACUGGGAAUAUCUGGCGCUUCCCUAGAAUUGUCGCUAACAACAGUGAAAACGAGGGUGGGCUUGUUUUUCUGAUAGUAUGGAUGGCAUUCCUUUUCCUAUGGUCCAGCCCUAUGCUGCUUAUCGAGUAUGGAACUGGACGCUACACCAAAAAGGCCAUUAUUGGAUCCUUCCGCAAAAUACUCGGUGAUAAGGCCGCUUGGUGUGGCGCAUGGAUAUCAAUGGUGACAUUUCUCAUCUCAUGUUACUAUUCCGUUGUCCUGGGCUGGUGUUUUUAUUAUGUUUAUUACUGCAUCGCACAUGAACUACCAAGUGAAGAGCCUGACAGCACAAAAAUAUUCAAAGACUUUGCAGAAGACAGUUAUUGGCCCAUUCUCACUCACGCACUGGCUUUAUUGGCGGCGGGCUCAGCUGUGAUCAAGGGCGUGAAAACGUUUGAGAAAGUCAAUAUGGUGCUUGUUCCGGUCCUUCUGGUGAUAAUAUUAUUUACAUUUAUUUGGUCUCUGACGAGGGAGUAUGCGGAUUACGGAAUUAAAUUUCUUUUCACUCCGGAUUGGGAAUCUUUCGGAAAGCCUCGACUUUGGGUGGACGCGAUCAGCCAGAACGCAUUUGACACCGGCGCUGGUAUGGGCCUCAUGAUUCCAUACUCCUCCUUCAUGACACGUGAUCACGCAAUCGUAAAAUACGCCACACUGAUACCGGCAACUAACAAUGUAGUCAGCCUGGUAUGCGGGAUAAUGAUAUUCUCGACUGUAUUUUCGACCCUGAUUACCAACAGCCCACACCUGUUGAGGAGCGAUAUUGUCACGAUUCUGAAGACCAGCGGGCCCGCCAGCACGGGCCUCACAUUUAUAUGGAUCCCUGUCCUGUUUUCUACGCUGGGAACAUUGGGACGAAUUCUAGCUAUUCUCUUCUUCCUUUGUCUGUCGUGUGCGGGAGUUACCUCCCUUAUUUCAAACAUGGAGCUCGUCUGUCAUACAUUGGAAGAUUUUGGACUCCCUCGGAAGUUUGGUAUGCCCGGUACAGUACUGUUGACGUUUGGUGUUGGUGUGAUGUCGGCGGUGAACAUAGAUAUAUUAACCAAUCAGGACUUCGUGUGGGCGUUUGCCCUCCUCAUUAACGGUCUAAUGCUUCAGUACCUUGUCAUCAGGUACGGAUUAAAUAAAUUCCGGCUACAUCUGUUCAACGAUUACGGGAUCGAUGAUUGGAAGCUCCCGGCUUUCUGGAAAUGGAUCGUGUUGGUUAUCGCCCCUAUAGAGGCAUUGGUCAUCCUGGUGUGGUGGGCAGUGGACUUGAUUCAGGACGAGUCUGAUCUGGAGGAGAAGUGGUACGAGUUCGGCACUGAGACGUUUAUGGUAACAAUAGUACAAUGGAUAAGUCUGGCGCUGUUUGUAAUCAUCAUCAACAUGAUGUGGCUGUACUGUAGAGGACUAUACGGGAAGUCGGAUGAGACCAUUCGACUUAUCGGACAUAGGCAAACUGAGGACCCGGAUGUUUAUCAGGGAACGGAGGUUGCAAGUUCCGGAAAUGACGUCACAACUGUAAAAGAUAUAAAACUCUGAAAACUUACACUUUUGUAUUAUUUCAAAAUCACGUGAUAUAUGCGAUGAAAAUCACAUACCACGCCACGACUGUCCUCGCCUAUGCGAAUGAAGGGGAGACAACAAAGAUACUCAUUAAAUGCACUAGGUGGCGUGACUUGACCACUUCCUUCACUGUUUGAUGGGAUAGGUUUGUCAAAAGAUGGAGCCACAUUUGUAUCACCAUCCAAACAGAUAGGAAAUAAUAGUUAAAAACCUCAUUCACGUGGAAGUUUUUAAACUGAAUAUUUGAUGUGUGGAUUAAGUUAUAUUUUGUAUUUGUGCCUUUUGAUUCCAUUGUAAUAUCUGUGAUAAAUGAACUGUUUAGUAAUUAUGUCUAUUGUCAAAAUGGUAUGAGCUGUUAAGUACAUUGUGUCUAUAUUCAAAAGGAUGUGAACUGUUUAGUAAUUAUAACUAUGGUUAAACAAUAUAUGAACUGUUUAGAAAAAGUCCUUAGUAAAACAUUUUAACUACAGUGCAAUAAGUUACUGUGUCAUUUUAUAUUGUAUAAUAAUGACAAAGAGCGAUCCUGGCCUUAUUGGCAUCAAAUUUAAAACAAAAGCUCAAGAAUAUGGCAACAGUACAGUGUAGUAAUACAGUGUAUCAUAGACUUGUUAUUUCUCGGAAAGGAAAGAGCACAACAUGUAACCUUCCUCAACUAAAAACCAAAAUUGUAGUGUCAAAGGAGACAUUGGGGAAAAAAUGAAAAUAAAAACGUUGUGGAAUGAAAUAAUGCUAAGAAAUCCCACGUUUAGUUGUGUCUGAUAGCAGAUACAGUUUCCGACCUUUUAAAGAUCAUAGCCAGUUUGAUUUAUAAUUCCAUAACGAAGUCACUAAAAAAAAAAAAAAAAAA